AUGUACCCUUCACCACCUGAUUCCAACACGAACUUACCCUCAAUCGAUGUCAAACCUCACGAUGAACGGUAUCAGGCGGCGGCUCGAGCGGCAAGAUUAUCCUUCUUGUUGGACAAAUCCACUAUUUACGCCAAGAUCAUUGGAGAACGUAUGGAGCGUCAGCAGAUCGAGAAGAAGAAGGCUGAGCAGAGAGCUGAAGUGAGGAAAGCGAACAAGGAGAAGAAGGCUGAUGAACCUCAGACUGCUGGGAGGGGAGGGAUGAGGGACAAGAAGCCUAAAGUCGAGGAGAAUGAACAGCAACAGGAGAAAGAAGCUGCUGGUAAUAAACGAAAGAGGAGGAGUGAAGGUGGACGUGGGGAAAAGAGAGUGAAAAUCGAGGAAGAAGAAGAAGCGGACACUACAAAGGAGGUCAAGGUCGAGGAAGAAACAGCUGUAAAGGAGGAGCAGCCCAAUGGCGAAGCCGAUGCUGAAGUAGCUGAAGAUGAUGGGGUGCAAUACUCAUUCAAACAACCCGAGCUGGUUACCGGUGCUAAACUUCGAGAUUAUCAACUAGCAGGAGUACAGUGGAUGAUCUCGCUGUAUGAGAAUGGAUUAAAUGGUAUCUUAGCUGAUGAGAUGGGUCUUGGUAAAACCCUACAAACCAUCUCAUUCUUGGCUCAUUUACGAUCAAAGGGUACAUGGGGUCCUUUCCUCAUCGUGUGUCCCUUAUCGGUAUUGAACAAUUGGUGUUCCGAGUUCGAGAAAUUUACUCCAUCCGUACCCGUACUCAUGUAUCACGGUACGCCUGAAUACCGAGCUGAACUUCGAAAAACCCGUCUACAACCACCAUCAGCAGCUGGGAAUGAUACCUAUUCUUUCCCCAUCGUCAUCACCACUUUUGAAAUCUGCAUGAGAGAUAAGCAGUUCCUCAGUGGACUUUUAUGGAAGUUUAUCGUGGUAGAUGAAGGACAUAGAUUGAAGAAUUUGGACUGCAAGCUCAUCCGGGAGUUGAAAUCCUAUACCAGUGCCAAUAGGAUGAUUCUGACUGGUACACCCUUACACAACAAUCUUGCCGAAUUAUGGUCUUUGCUCAAUUUCAUUUUACCCGAUAUUUUCGACGAUCUAGACUCUUUCCAACAGUGGUUUAACUUCGAUGAGAUGAACAAUGGGUCCACCACCGAAGGCUUGCUUAACAAAUCAACAGUUGUUGCAUCUCUGCAUGCUAUACUCAAACCAUUCUUACUUCGUCGAUUGAAGGUGGAUGUCGAGAAGGAAUUACCGCCCAAGAAGGAAUACCUACUAUACGCGCCCUUGACUCAACAACAGAAGGACAUAUACCAAGCUAUUGCUUCUGGUUCUAUCAGGCAAUUCUUAAUCGAUAAGAAGUCAGGUGGCAAUGAUGAAGAAAAUGCUGAAGCGGAAGAACAGCCUGAACCUGAAGCGGAAGCAGUAUCAGAGGCGUCCAAUGGUCGAGCCUCGCGAAAGAAAGAACGAGUCAAUUAUAAGAUCGAAGAGAACGAUUCAAAGUUCAUCAGAGAUCUGGAGAACGGUGUGAAGGUGGAUGAGCCCAGUGGAGUGAAGGAGAGGUCCGCAGCUGAAAUAGGCAGAGAUUGGGCCCUCCAGCAAGCUAAGAAAAGUGUCAACAACAUGCGAUUACAGAAUCUUGUAAUGCAACUAAGGAAGAUAUCAUCCCAUCCUUUCCUGUUCGAUUGGCCUAUUGACUCCAAGACCAACGAAUACGUUGUAGACCAAGAACUCGUGAACGCUUCCGGUAAAAUGUUGCUUUUGAAUCGAUUACUCGGCGAAUUGUUUGCAAGAGGACAUAAAGUAUUGUUGUUCUCUCAAUUCACGACUAUGCUCGAUGUAAUUGAAGACUGGGCCACCUUACAUAAAGGAUACAAGGUCUGUCGAAUCGAUGGUUCAACCUCUCAGGAGUCAAGAAGGGAACAGAUGCAUGACUUCAACAAUGGUGGAGAUGGACCCGAUGCUUGCAAGCUAUUUUUACUUUCAACCAGAGCAGGUGGAUUAGGUGUCAACUUGGUAGCUGCCGACACUGUCAUUUUCUUCGACAAUGAUUGGAAUCCCCAGAUGGAUUUACAAGCCCAAGACCGGGCGCACCGAAUUGGUCAGACUCGACCUGUCCUCGUCUUCCGUUUGGUCUCGGCUCACACUAUCGAGACUAAAAUUCUCGCCAAAGCUGGAUCCAAGCGAAAGUUGGAAGCUUUAGUCAUCUCGCAAGGUAAAUUCGGUCGAGUAGUUGAUGAGAAUGGGCGAGUGUUGUUGGGUAAGAAAUCUAAAGUGGAGAGUACAGCGGAGAUGGCCAAAGCUCUGUUGGAAUUGGACGGUGAGGAGAUCGACGUAGUGAGCAAAGAUGAUAAGAUCAUCAGCGAUGCCGAUUUAGAUAUCUUACUUGAUCGAUCGCCUGCCGCCUUUGCGAGACAGAAAGGAUGGUCAGCUGGCUUGGGCAAGAGUGGCGCCGAUAGGAAGGCUCAAAUUCAAAAAGGUGAAAAGACAGCGUUCGAAGUGUUCGAAGCUGCCAAGGACGAUGCGGGGGGUUUGGAUACGAUGUUUGGUGGUGAUGGUGAAGUCGAGGGACAGUAA